CACCGAUGGCUCAGGAGGAGGCGGAGCGGUAUGCACGCGGCUUCCUUAUGUUCUUGCUGGGAACGACCCUCUUCGCCGACCGGGCGAACACCGUGCCUCUCUGUCUACUGAGCGCUUUGGUGGACGUCACACAGAUCCUGCGCUACGACUGGGGUGGGGCAGCCUUGGCUACACUCUAUGGAUACAUGAGUUCAUCCUCUCGCCUCAGCGGACAGUUGCUCGGAGGCUACUGGCAGGCUUGGGAGUUGUGGGUCUACGCCUACUUCCCGAGGCUUGCCUCAGUACCCGACGAGGAGACCCCUCUCGGCGUUCCUUUCUCCCACUGCUUUGAUGUGAGAUGCGUGCGGAGACCCCGGGAGUCGUUCAUAUUCUUUCGGCGCUACUUCGACACCAUCACCGCCACAGAGAUCACCUGGCAGCCCUGGGCUCCAUUGCCAGCUGCGGUUCGGGAGCGGUUUGCUAGUGCUGAGGAGACCGCCCGGUUCAGGAUUUUGCUGGAGGCCCGGCUUCCUCCGAGUACACUCGUUAGUCCCUGA